AUGGCGCCCGUCGGCUUCUGGAGCACGCCGUUCCAGUACAUGCACUGGGCCGCCCGCGCGAAACCCGCAAUCUUCUGGAGCUUGGUAAUCGGUGGGAUCGGGCCGGUGAUGGUGGCGGUGGUGCCCCCAAUUAGACACAGACUGGGUGACGGACCGCGACAACAGAUUCCCCUCACAUACCCGAGUACGUGCACCUUGCUCUCAGUGGUGAUGCGAGUGAUACGAGUGAGUGCGUACGGCUGA